CAGAAACCGAAAGCGUUCAUAUCGGAUGACCAAACAUCAUUUCGGCUCAAUCAAAAUCUAACUAAAUCUAACAAAAAGUUUUCACGUGUGGCGACAGCGACUAUCAGAAACUAAAAUGGCGGCGGUACACCCAGUGAGAAGUGGCGUUUAGGACCAUAGAUAUCUAGGACGAACUCACGGGCCUGAAACAAUGUCUCUUAUCUAGGAAGAAGAGAAGUAGAAGUCUGCCUGUAAAAUGAGUGUGUAUGAGGAGAAAGAGGAGGAGGCGUCUGUUCACACUCAGAGAGCACCAUCUCCAGUAUCCAGUUGUGUGUCCAUGAAGAGUAACAACUCCAUGUUUGAGCCCCCUAAUCUCAGUGAUAGACCAUCUCCAGGAUUCAGUUGUGUGUCCAUGAAGAGUAACAACUCCAUGUUUGAGCCCCCUAAUCUCAGUGAUGGACCUGCUGAAACCUCUGGCCCUGUUAUCUUCAGCAGGAAGAGAAAGAGAGCAGCGUCUCCUCUACAGCCUCCUGAUCUCAGUGAUGAAGCAGCGCCCUUUCACCGUCUUGAUUGGAGAGCUGACCAGAUCAGUGAUUCUCACCAACCAGUGCAUGAUGAUCUUCAGAGGGUCAAAGACCAGCACAAAACCAGCAUGAAGAACAGAUAUGAGAGGGUUUUUGAGGGAAUCAAACUACAAGAGAAUCAGACUCUCCUGAACAGGAUUUACACACAGCUGUACAUCAUAGAGGGAGAGAGUGAAGGAGUGAAUGAAGAACAUGAGGUGCUACAGAUGGAGAAAAGUUACAAGACCCUCCAAGACACUCCAAUCCACUGCAAUGACAUCUUUGAUCCUUCACCUGAACCAGGAUAUGAGGAGAAGAGAAGAGAGAAGAAAGACAAAAUCAAGACUGUUCUUACUAAAGGCAUCGCUGGAAUCGGGAAAACCGUCUCUGUGCAGAAGUUCAUUCUGGACUGGGCCGAGGGAAAAGCCAAUCAGGAUGUAGAUUUCAUGUUUGUGCUUCCAUUUAGAGAGCUGAACUUGAUAAAAGAUCAUCAGUACAGUCUUCACAGACUUCUGCUGGACUUUCAUCCUGAACUUCGAGAUCUGGACUCAGAGAUGUAUGAUGAAUGUACAGUUGUGUUCAUCUUUGAUGGUCUGGAUGAAAGCAGAUUGACACUGAUGUUUUCAGACAGUGAGAAAGUUUCUGAUGUGACUGAGUCUUCAUCUGUGGGUGUGUUGAUGUCAAACCUCAUGAAAGGAGAUCUGCUUCCCUCAGCUCUCAUCUGGAUCACCACCAGACCAGCAGCAGCCAAUCAGAUCCCCUCCAAAUACAUCAACCGUGUGACAGAAAUUCAGGGAUUCAAUGACCCUCAGAAGGAGGAAUAUUUCAGGAAGAGAAUCAGUGAUGAGCAUCAAGCCAGCAGAAUCAUCUCUCACAUCAGAAGAGCAAGAAGCCUCCACAUCAUGUGUCACAUACCCGUCUUCUGCUGGAUCUCAGCCACUGUGCUUCAAAACAUCCUGAAACAAGAUCUCAGUGCAGAAAUCCCUCAAACUCUGACUGAAAUGUACAUACACUUCCUCCUCAUUCAAACUCAUAUGAGGAACCAGAAGUAUGAAGAGAGAGAUCCAGAGAAACUCCUGCAGUCCAACAGAGACGUGAUUGUGAAACUUGCUGAACUGGCUUUCAAUCAGCUGAUGAAAGGCAAUGUGAUGUUCUAUGAGGAGGACCUGAUUGAGAGCGGCAUAGACGUCACUGACGCCUCAGUGUAUUCUGGGAUUUGCACUGAGAUCUUUAGGGAGGAAUCUGUGAUUUAUCACAGGAAGGUUUAUAGCUUUGUACAUCUCAGCUUUCAGGAGUUUUUUGCAGCACUGUAUGUGUUUUUCUGCUAUUUACACAAGAAGAGUGAAGUUAUGAAAGAGUUCCUCACUGGAAAGUCCAGAACUCAGUCUGGAAAUGUUCCUCUGGAUGUGUUUCUGAAGGAUGUAAUGAAUAAAGCCUUGGUGAGUAAAAAUGGACACCUGGAUCUUUUACUUCGAUUCCUUCAUGGCAUCUCACUGGAGUCCAACCAGAGACUCUUACAGGAUGUGCUGAUUCACACAGAGAACAACCCAGAGAGCAUCAAGAAAAUAAUCCACAACCUCAAACGAGCCAAAAAAAACGAUGUCAGUCCUGAAAGAUGGAUGAAUCUGUCACACUGCUUGAUUGAGAUGAAGGAUCAUUCUGUUCUUGAAGAGAUGCAGGCGUUUUUAAACUCUGAAACAAAAAGAAAAAGUCUCUCUCAUGCACAAUGCUCAACAUUGGCGAACAUGAUCCUGAUGUCAGAGGAGGGGAUGGAUGAGUUAGACUUCAUGAAGUACAACAUCAAAUCAAAAGAGGGUAAAUGGAGACUGGUACCUGCUGUGAGGAACUGCAGAAAAGCUCUAUUAACAGCCUGUAAUCUCACAGAUCAGCACUGUGAAAUUCUGGCUUCAGCUCUACAAUCCCCAAACUCCCCCCUGAGAGAGCUGGACCUGAGUAACAAUGACCUGCAGGAUUCAGGAGUGAAGCUGCUCUGUACGGGACUGAAGAGUCCAAACUGUCAACUCAACAUACUGAGGUUAUCUGGCUGUAUGGUGACAGAGGAAGGUUGUGCUGAUCUGGUAUCAGCUCUGAGUUCAAACCCUUCACACCUGAGAGAGCUGGACCUGAGCUACAAUCACCCAGGAGAUUCAGGAGUGAAGCUGCUCUCUGAUAGACUCACACAUCUGGACAAACUCAAUGUGGAUCACGGAGGAGAGUUCAGGAUGACAGCAGGAAUACACAAAUACGCUGUUGAUCUCACACUGGAUCCAAACACAGCACACACUGGUCUCGUGCUGUCUGAGGAGAACAGAAAGGUGACGCGUGUAUUUGAGACUCAGUCGUAUCCUGAUCAUCCAGACAGAUUUGAUGGUUAUUAUCCUCAGGUUCUGUGUGGAGAGAGUCUGACUGGACGCUGUUACUGGGAGGCUGAAUGGAGUGGAGAUGCUGGUAUAUCAGUGUCAUAUAAAGGAAUCGAGAGGAAAGGAGGGAGUGACUGUGUGUUUGGAUGGAAUAAGAAGUCCUGGAGUCUGAGCUGCUCCGAUCGCAGUCUCUCUGUCAGUCACAAUAAUAACCCCACUGAUGUUUCUGCUGAUCCAGGAUCCUGUAAGAGAGUAGGAGUGUGUGUGGACGAGUCGGCCGGCACUCUGACCUUCUACAGCGUCUCUGACACACACACACUCACACACUUACACACAUUCACACACACAUUCCCUGAACCACUUUAUGCUGGAUUUAGACUUUAUAAUGUUAACUCUUCAGUGUCUCUGUGUCACAUUAAACACACACACACACACACACACGCAACUAACUGACUGACACAGACACACACACACACA